AUGCUUCCAUUGGAUGCGUGUUUAUCACUAUCUGGAGCCCAGGAUGUGGAGCGUGUGGAGUCGGCCCCGGGGGAUGUGGAGCGUGUGGAGUCGGCCCCGGGGGAUGUGGAGCGUGUGGAGUCGGCCCCGGGGGAUGUGGAGCGUGUGGAGUCGGCCCCGGGGGAUGUGGAGCGUGUGGAGUCGGCCCCGGGGGAUGUGGAGCGUGUGGAGUCGGCCCCGGGGGAUGUGGGGGGGGUGGGGUCGGCCCCGGGGGAUGUGGAGCGUGUGGAGUCGGCCCCGGGGGAUGUGGAGCGCGUGGGGGGGUCGGCCCCGGGGGAUGUGGAGCGUGUGGAGUCGGCCCCGGGGGAUGUGGAGCGUGUGGAGUCGGCCCCGGGGGAUGUGGAGCGUGUGGGGGGGUCGGCCCCGGGGGAUGUGGAGCGUGUGGAGUCGGCCCCGGGGGAUGUGGAGCGUGUGGGGGGGUCGGCCCCGGGGGAUGUGGAGCGUGUGGAGUCGGCCCCGGGGGAUGUGGAGCGUGUGGGGGGGUCGGCCCCGGGGGAUGUGGAGCGUGUGGAGUCGGCCCCGGGGGAUGUGGAGC